AUGAUGGGAAGCACUCGUCUCCUUCUUUUUUGGAGUGUCUUCUUCCUGACGAGCACUUUCGACUUGGUUCUGGCCGCGGGGAACUUGAAAGGGGUUCAGCAUUUCCAGGAUGAUGGCCACACAAUCCGUCAGCUGGAAACCGUUUUCAUGGAGGACGGGAAUGAACCGACAACGGGAAAUGAGGAGGAAAGACACAUUCGGGACUUUGGUCCCAGGGUCAAUUCAUUUGUGAUGUCGCACGCACACUUACCCCACAAAGACGAACCGAGUACCCUUCGGACGGCUGACGAUGCAUCGCAGCAUGUGAAAGUGAGCGACGACAAUCUGGGAAAGGCAAAGACAGCGGGGAUCGUGGCUAAGGAAGAGCCGAUUGGACACUACGAACAGUAUUAUGACUAUGAUCGUAGGCUUGAGGUAAUCGGGUUAGCUGUCGCUGUGUUUGGCAUGUUGAUGGCUGUGGUCACAGCGGCAAUUUCGAGCCGCCACCCGAAGUGA